AUGGCGUCGGUAUCUCAGAAUGGUAAUGUCGUUGAAGGCUCGCAACGACCUGCAUAUAACGAAAUGACCAGCAAAGAUUAUUAUUUUGAUUCUUAUGCUCAUUUCGGUAUUCAUGAAGAGAUGCUGAAGGAUGAAGUUCGAACAGUUACCUACAGAAAUGCAAUAUAUCAUAAUAGACAUCUUUUCAAGGACAAAAUUGUCAUGGAUGUAGGUUCUGGAACAGGAAUCUUGUCUAUGUUUGCUGCAAAAGCUGGAGCUAAAAAAGUUAUCGCAAUUGAAUUUUCAAACAUGGCGCAACAGUCAAAACAAAUAGUAAAAGAUAAUAACCUGGAAGACAUUAUAACCGUUAUGCAUUCGAAAGUUGAAGAUAUAACCGCACUACCAGAAGGUAUUGAAAAGGUUGACGUUAUAAUCUCAGAAUGGAUGGGGUAUUGCUUGUUUUAUGAGUCAAUGUUGAAUACUGUUAUUUUCGCUCGUGAUAGAUGGCUUAAACCUGGUGGUGCACUUUUCCCUGACAGAGCAAAAUUGUAUUUAUGUGCUAUUGAAGAUAGACAGUACAAGGAAGACAAGAUUAACUGGUGGGACAAUGUGUACGGUUUCAACAUGUCAAGUAUUCGGCGAGUGGCAAUAACGGAACCUUUAGUUGAUGUUGUAGAUCAUGGCCAAGUUGUGACUAAUAAUUGUCUUUUACGGGAUGUCGAUUUAUAUACUGUUAGAGUAGAAGAGUUGACUUGGACCACAGACUUCUCUUUGAAAAUUACGCGGAAUGAUUACGUGCAAGCAUUAGUAACGUUCUUCACCGUCGAAUUUUCGAGAUGUCACAAGCGAACCGGUUUCUCUACGGGUCCAGAUGUACAGUACACGCAUUGGAAACAGACUGUCUUCUAUUUGCAGGAAGCAUUGACUUGCAAAAAAAAUGAGGAGAUUACCGGAUUAUUUUCAAUUGCUCCAAAUUCACGAAACGAGCGUGAUUUAGAUUUCAAGAUUUCUGUUAAGUUCCACGGUGACCUUUGUGAUGUGGAAGAAGAGAAUGUGUACACUAUGCAUUGA